AUGAGCAUCAUCGGAUGGUGGCUCGCCUCCGGCUCAGCAGCAAACUUCAUCGCAUCCAUGAUCCUAACCAUUGCCACCAUCUGGCAUCCAGAUUACACACCAACAAACUGGCAGCAAUGGCUAGUGUACACCGGACUCAUCUGGCUCGCCGCAGCGCUGAACAUCCUAGGCUCCAGAUGGCUACCGUACUUCAACAAGUUCAUCUUUCUCCUGUCAAUCGGCACACUCACUGCGACGGUCAUCGCCCUCUUUGUCACAGGUCGACAUCACCAUGCGCCUGCGUCAUUCAUCUUCGCCGACGUCACCAGCCAGAGCGGCUGGUCGAGCCAGGGCUUCGCAUUCGUCCUGGCGAUUAGCAACGCCGUCUACGGGUUUCUGGGUAGCGAUUGCGGUGCUCAUCUCUGCGAGGAGAUUGCAAACCCGUCCAAGAACGUACCCAAGGUUAUUCUUUAUCCGCUGGUUAUGGGCCUCUUGACGGCAUUUCCGUUUGCUGCUGCUUUGCUCUAUUCUAUCACGGAUCUUACUGCUGUGCUGAACACGGCAACGGGCUUGCCGUUGCUCGAGAUUUACUACCAGGCGACUGGUUCUUAUGCUGCUGCCUCUGCGCUGCUUGCGUUGUUUGCGUUUUGCUUUUUCGGGUGUUUGGUGGCUGUUGGUGCGUAUUUGUUCUCUGCUGCUUCUCUAUACGGACUCAUCUUCCUCGGUUCAACAACCGCAUUCUCAGCCAUGGUCAACGCGGCAAUCAUGUUUCUCCAAACAUCCUGUGUCAUCCCACAGGCAAUCCUUCUGUAUAGAGGACGUAGCCAAGUUCUACCCAGACGAUACUUUGACCUCGGUAAGUUUGGCGCCGUUAUCAAUGGUACCGCCAUUGCCUGGGUCGUCUUUCUCGACGUAGUUUAUUGCUUCCCAAUCUUUAUGCCCGUUACAAAGGAGAACAUGAGCUACGUGUCGGUGGUAUGUGUUGGACUCGUGGGAUUUGUAAUAAUCUUGUGGUUUACUACCAAAAGAGGUAAAUUCACGGGGCCUAGCAUCAAUGUUGAGUUGAUGAAUGAGAGGCGCUUGGCGGCUCUGGAGACGGAGUUGGAUGUUGCUGGUGUGCCGGAGACAGGGUCCAUUGCCAGGUCCGAGUUGAAGGGGAGUAAUGCUACUACUUCGGAGAGAGAGUGA